AUGGAAUGCUUGCGAAACAACUUUCACGAUGGCGUUUUACUCGAUGGGAGGUUUCAGACAAUCUCCCCACUCAACCAUGGCUCGUUUGGAAUGGUUUUCCUAGCCAAAGAUUUGGAAACUGGUGACAAUGUUGCCAUCAAAUGCAUGACGAAGCGAGCUGCUGCGAACGAGGCUGGACUCGAGUUUGCUAUGGACGAAAAGUCUGAGGAGCAGCUUUGUCACGUUCGUCUCGGAGCCCAACCCAACAUCGUGAACAUGGUUCACUCCUUCGAGACGGAUGCCCAUUUCUAUCUCGUUCUCGAGUACUGCUCCCGUGGAGAUCUGUACGAGGCCAUUCGGACUGGAUACGGCCCCUUGGAGACUGAGCAUGUGCGCCAGUUCAUGCUCCAGCUCGUGGAUGCUGUUUCUUAUAUGCAUUCGAAAGGCAUCUACCAUCGGGACAUCAAGCCAGAGAACAUCUUUCUUACCGAGUCCGGAGCCAUGAAGCUAGGUGAUUUUGGUUUGGCAACAACUUCGAAAUGGAGCUACGAGAUGACAGUAGGUAGUGACCGAUAUAUGUCUCCUGAGCAAUACGAUUCGGCUGGCAACGGGUAUUCGCCUGCUCAGGCUGAUAUUUGGGCUAUUGGCGUUUGUUUGCUCAACAUCUUGUUCUCCCGCAAUCCCUUUACCACUCCCACUGAAGCUGAUCCGCUGUUCCUGGACUUCUCUCGAGACAAGCAGUCGCUUUUUGACGUGUUCCCAUCAAUGUCCCAGGACACCUACGAGGUCAUUGUCCAGUGCAUGAACUUAGAUCCCCGCAAGCGGUCUCUCGAAGGGGCUAGGGAAGCUCUCACCCGGGCCAUCACCUUCACUACCCUUGAAGAGGAUGUGGACGACUUUUGCGCCACAGAGCACACAACCCUGGCCACUGCCAAUCGCGAACCUCUUCGGACCCCUUCGAUUCAAAGUCCCCAGCUUGAUCAGGGAGCAUUCCCAUGGGCUAAGGCUCUCCAUGCUACACCCGCUCAGCAUACUCGUCAAUUAAGCAUUAUACUCGACAACGACAAUGAAAGCUACACUGAGGAUUUGUUUCCGAAGUCGGAAGGCCGAAGGGAUUGGUGUGCUAGCUCCUUCGUGACACCUUCAAUCUCGUCUGUCCUUACUUCCAACUUCGGCGUGUCUGUGAACUCUCUAGGCAUCUCCCGUCCCAUGGAAGCGUCUGGUCGUGCUCGGGUCCCCGCUGCUCCUGUCGCUGGCUCUCUGCCUAUCAACAUGUCCCGGCCAAAACCAACCUUGAGUGCCAUGUCAAUGGUCUUCGGUCGCAAGAACGAAGCCGUCUCGAAGAGUUGGAGUGACAUGUGGGAAGAGGAUGUCGAAGAGGAAGAAGAGGCGCGUGCACGACAGCUUCAGGAGCUCAAAGAACUGAACAGUCGAACGUGGAGCCACGAGAGCAACGUUGAUGCUAGUGCAAGUCACCAUGAUUCGGCAUCUGACUCUGUGACCGUUUCUGAUGAGAAGUUCAACGAGCCAACUGCCGCUAGUACUAUCUCGGAUGAUAUUGAUGGCGAUUUGGUUGCUGAUGGGUUUUUCUUUCAUGAGCCCAUCGCGAUCAAACAACCUCCGCCAUCUCCACCUCGCUACUCGCCACCAUCGAAGCGCAAUCCUAUCGAUAAGUGGACAGCUCUAGGAGAACGUCGUCGGGCUGUAGUUUCAGAAUCCAAGCCGAUUGAUUUCAGUGUCAAGUCGCGACGGCAGUAUGGACAUAAUCCCAACAAUUAUGGGAUGGGGAUGGGAAUGGGAACAGGAAUGUGGGACAACCUCGGCCAUCACAAGUGGAAUCGAGACCGUUCAGUAUCGCGUGGUUGUCCAUGGAACAAGGGCCGAGAUUGGAACUGGCGCGAAAAACGCCACGAUUUCGGUGACGUUGAGUGGGUUGGCCAUUGGCAAGAAGCUCACUAA